AAGAAAAAAAUUUAAAAGCAAAGAUUGCAUUUUUUUUCUUGAACAGUCUGGAAAUCUUGAUAUAUUUAGAAUUGCAAAUAGGAUGACUUUUGUUGUUAUUCGUUAACUCAGUCACAAAUUGCACAGGGGAUCAGAAAACCAGAAAUCAGCCAUGUUUCUUGGUGGAUGACGGGUGCCAAGUGAGGGAACAAUGGGAUGGUGGCUAUCCUUAAAAAGGAAACACAAGACAUAGGCCUAUCUGCCUCACAACAGCAGUGAGACACAUGUGUUAUCAUUCUGCUUAUAGAUGAGAAACUUAUGACUCAGAAAAUUUAGUAACUCAAUCAAACUUACAAGGCAACAGAAGCAGAGCCAGGCCUCAACCCCAAGUCUUCUGAUGCCAAAGCCAACGUUCUUCUACACCGCAGCUGCCAUCUGGAACCUGUGCUGGCCAGACAACAUAACUUAGGGUUGUCGGGAUCAACCUUGGGACGUGGCUGGGGACUGAAAUGGACUCUAGAGGUUGGAAGCUGAGAUCUCUGGAACAAGAAUUGGGAACAACGACAACAUUCUGAGCUUCCCAGAAGAUAAAGAGAACUGGGGCAUGAAGAGAUUACAUAAUCGGUUCAAAAUCACACAGCAUGAAAAAUGCUUGAUGGUCCAGUAUGAGAAUUCCUUUGCAAAUCCAAGUGGAGGAAAAAGAUGAUGAUACUGAGGAAAGUUCAAGCGAAGAGGAAGAGGAGGAAAACAAACUACCUCGAAGAGAGAGCAUGAGACCAAAGAGAAAGCGGACCAGAGAUGUUAUCAAGGAGGAUGACCCAGAACCUGAGCCAGAGGAUGAAGAAACAAGGAAGGCCAGAGAAAAAGAGAGAAGGAGGAGGCUGAAGAGAGGAGCGGAAGAAGAAGAAGAAAUUGAUGAAGAGGAAUUGGAAAGAUUGAAGACAGAGUUAGAUGAGAAAAGACAAGUGAUUGCUACUGUCAAAUGUAAGCCUUGGAAAAUGGAGAAGAAAAUUGAAGUUCUCAGGGAAGCAAAAAAAUUUGUGAAUGAAAAUGAAGGGGCUCUUGGGAAAGGGAAAGGAAAACAAUGGUUUGCAUUUAAGAUGAUGAUGGCCAAGAAAUGGGCAAAAUUUCUCCGUGAUUUCGAGAACUUCAAAGCUGCUUGUGUCCCAUGGGAAAAUAAAAUCAAGGCAAUUGAAAUCGAUGAGCAUUGCACAGAUCACUUCCCUUUUCCCUGGGGUCAGUUUGGCUCAUCAGUGGCCUCCUACUUCCUCUUUUUGAGGUGGAUGUAUGGAGUAAAUAUGGUUCUCUUUAUCCUGACAUUCAGCCUUAUCAUGUUGCCAGAGUACCUCUGGGGUUUACCAUACGGCAGUUUACCUAGGAAAACAGUUCCCAGAGCAGAAGAGGCAUCGGCAGCCAACUUUGGUGUGUUGUAUGACUUCAAUGGCUUGGCUCAAUAUUCUGUCCUCUUUUAUGGCUAUUACAACAAUAAACGAACAAUUGGAUGGAUGAAUUUCAGACUGCCACUCUCCUAUUUCCUGGUGGGGAUCAUGUGCAUUGGAUACAGCUUUCUGGUUGUCCUUAGAGCGAUGACCAAAAAUAUUGGUGAUGAUGGAGGUGGUGAUGACAACACUUUCAACUUCAGCUGGAAGGUGUUCACCAGCUGGGACUACUUGAUUGGCAAUCCUGAAACAGCAGACAACAAAUUCAACUCUAUCACAAUGAACUUUAGGGAAGCCAUAAUAGAAGAAAGAGCAGCCCAAGUAGAAGAAAACAUCCACUUGAUCAGAUUCCUGAGGUUUCUUGCUAACUUCUUCGUGUUUCUAACACUUGGCGGGAGUGGAUACCUCAUCUUUUGGGCUGUGAAGCGAUCCCAGGAAUUUGCGCAGCAAGAUCCUGACACCCUUGGGUGGUGGGAAAAAAAUGAAAUGAACAUGGUCAUGUCCCUCCUGGGGAUGUUCUGUCCAACGUUGUUUGACUUAUUUGCUGAAUUGGAGGACUACCAUCCCCUCAUUGCUCUGAAAUGGCUGUUGGGACGCAUUUUUGCUCUUCUUUUAGGCAACUUGUAUGUAUUUAUUCUUGCCUUGAUGGAUGAGAUUAACAACAAGAUUGAAGAGGAGAAGCUAGUAAAGGCCAACAUUACCCUUUGGGAAGCCAACAUGAUCAAGGCUUACAAUGCAUCACUCAGUGGAAACAGCACUGGGCCACCCUUUUUUGUGCACCCUGCAGAUGUACCUCGGGGACCCUGCUGGGAAACAAUGGUGGGACAGGAAUUUGUGCGGCUGACUGUUUCUGAUGUUCUGACCACCUAUGUCACUAUUCUCAUCGGGGACUUUCUCCGGGCAUGUUUUGUGAGGUUUUGCAAUUACUGCUGGUGCUGGGAUUUGGAAUACGGAUAUCCUUCAUACACUGAAUUUGACAUCAGUGGCAAUGUCCUCGCUCUGAUCUUCAAUCAAGGCAUGAUCUGGAUGGGCUCCUUCUUCGCUCCCAGCCUCCCAGGCAUCAACAUCCUUCGGCUCCACACAUCCAUGUACUUCCAGUGCUGGGCUGUGAUGUGCUGCAACGUUCCGGAGGCCAGGGUCUUCAAAGCUUCCAGAUCAAAUAACUUCUACCUGGGAAUGCUCUUGCUCAUCCUCUUCCUGUCCACCAUGCCCGUCCUGUACAUGAUCGUAUCCCUCCCACCAUCUUUUGAUUGUGGCCCCUUCAGUGGCAAAAAUAGGAUGUUUGAAGUCAUUGGAGAAACACUGGAGCAAGAUUUCCCUAGCUGGAUGGCAAAGAUCUUGAGACAGCUGUCUAAUCCUGGGCUGGUUAUCGCUGUUGUUUUGGUUAUGGCUUUGACCAUCUAUUAUCUCAAUGCUACUGCAAAGGGUCAGAAGGCAGCAAAUCUGGAUCUAAAAAAGAAAAUGAAACAGCAAGCUUUGGAGAACAAACUGCGAAACAAGAAAAUGGCAGCUGCGCGAGCAGCUGCAGCUGCUGGUGGCCACUAAUUCUCAUAGAUUUUCUGGAAGCCCAGAAGUACUCCUCACCUUGCUGUUCAAAAGCAGUGACUUAUGCGGAGUCCCUGAGAACAAACGUGUGGAGUUGCUGUUUCCCUGUUCUAAACCUGAUGGAUUAUCAAGGUCACACUGGUCAGUCAAGACAUCACCAGUCCUAGUUAGGAAAGAAGGAUCUCUGCCUUACUGCAGACUAAGAAUUUGUUCCUGCACCACCCCUUUUUCCCUGAAGCCACUGUCCUGACAUUUUCGUUAACAGACUGAGUUUAAAAGUGUGUGUGAUCCAGCAGUACAGGUUACUGGCUUACUUGUUGGGUUAAUCUACAAACCUUUUGCUCAUAUGGACUUCUAUUUCAGACAUUUCUUCUGCCUUGGUUUUCUCAGCCUGGGAACAGGAACAGUUCAUCCUCUUUUAUCUGUAAGUUCAGAAAUAUCUUCAUAAAAUUACUCAUUAACUCACUUUUUAAAAAGUUAAAAUCUUGUUUUCCCUUUUUACUCUGUCUCCCAUCCAUGGCCCCUACAAGUAUACACCCCAAAACCUUUUUAUGUGCUGCUGGAUUCAGUAUGAAGAGGAAUGGGCUUUUUAGAAGAAAGAUCCUAAGUGAAUGAGGGGCCUGACCAGCAAUGGGUUGAAGGUCUCUCACCAUGAGGAGGUACAUGGGGCUUAGACAAUCCAAAUCUUCAUGAACUAAAAAAAAAAAAAAAAAAAAAAGACACACUGUAAGUGAUUACUAUCCUAUCAAAGUCUGCUCAUGACCUCCAAUUAUCAUGUCUCCUGAACUUAGAUUCUAAUACUCUGUAUUUUUUUUGUUAAGGUUAGGAAACCAUGUUUUUAUGGGGGGAGGGUUUAGUUUAUAGAUGUGUUUAAGCAUUAUUAUUUGAAGUUUGAAUUGAUUUUGAAUAGUAACAAUGCCCUCAGCCAGCCUUGUUCAGUGACUUCAAUUGUAUCUUCCAACUCAGUGUCUUUCCAGAGCUAAGCCUAUUUGCCUGCCAUUCCCUGCCACUGACUGGCUGAUUUUUAUUACCCUGUCUGAGUUUCUCCUCUUCUACUGGCCACAGAAUGAGCACCCUGUUCUCUGCCGAUCCAUGUGCUCACCAGGUCCAUCAAACCAAAUUCAGGAUUAUGUCCUCUGGUCAAAUUUUCCUGGUUAGUCUCUAUUCCCAGUCCUAUCACUCUCUUGAAAGACUUCCUUUGGACUCUUGUGUCUUUAACUUAGAGUCUAUUAUUUUAUUAAUUUUCCUGUAAUUUGUAAUUUUUUAUUGUUUCUUAUGCGUGAAUCAUCUUUCCUAUUCAGAUUGUAAGCUCCCUAAGAGCAGGGAUUAUAUCUUCUAACUCUUUUGUAUGCCUAGUACAGUGCUGUGCACAGGUAGGUGCUGAAUAAAUGCUUGUUAAUUAAAUUGGAUCAGUUUAACUUACAGCAGUAGCACUGUGAAACAAAAACUUCUGUUACCUGCAGGGAAAUACUACUGUUAUGUAUGACACGGAAUUAUCUGUUGAUAUGCUUGAGUUUAUUACCUCAUUAGACUAUAAUGCAGAUGAGUAAAUAAAACUAGUGCUUAUUUCUCCUUGGA